CACCUGGCCACACCUCCGGGAUCGCUAGCAGCUCCGCCUCCUCGCCGCUUGAUUGGCCACCGGAACUGUAGCUCAGGAGUUUUGGCACACAGGCGGCCAAUCACUGGCGAGGAGGUGGAGCUUGGAGAGGAGGUUAGGGGGGCGGAGCCGAGAGCGGCAGCGCAGCGUUACAGUCAAAGAAGUGACCGAGGGAGCUGCGGAGCAAGUGAAGAGGAGUGCGGCCAGAGAAGGAAGAGACUGAGCUGACAGGUAAGUGAGAGAGCGAGCCCAGGGCUGGAGCAGGGGUAAGUGAGAGAGCGAGCCCAGGCUGGAGCAGGGGUCAGCAAGGUAAGUAUCAUUGGUGUCAGUGGGAG